AUGCAGCUGUACUUACAGAGCGAUUCUAGGAGCAGUGUCUCGCUAUUUGACCUCACGUCUGGAGCCUCUCUCGCACCUUCCGCCACACCUGACAGUGCGACUCGCUCAAAGUGGCUUACCCAUGAUGCUGCUGCUUGCCUAGCCGUUCGCAACCACCUGCCGUUAGCCGAGCGCGCUCACUUCGGCAGGCACAAGACUGCUAGAGCCCUGUAUGACGUUGUAGUCGCUCGUUACUCCUCUCCGGCCACUGCUGCUCUAGGCCACCUUAUACCGCCCUACCUGUUCCCCGAGCUGUCCGCCUUUGCCACAGUCGCCGACAUUGUCACUCACCUUCGCACUAGUGACACUCGCUACCGUGCCGCGCUUCCCGCCGAGUUUCUAGCCAAGAACCCUCCUCCCAUGUACAUCACGCUCUACUUCAUCGUCACCCGCCUCCCUGACUCUCUUAGCGCAGUCAAGGACCUCCUUCUCGCCCUUGACCCCUCACACCUCACUGUAGACCUGCUUGCGAAGCACCUCCUUGCAGCUGAGACCAGCAUAGUCGCUGUAGGCCCUUCUCGUGGCACUCCUCGCACUCCCUUCUUUGAGGGGAGGUCGGGGCUGCGUCUGCUCCUAGUGGGAGGCGCCGCAGCGGCAGGGGCAAGGGAGGCCAGGGUGGUGGGGGUGGCAGCAGUGGAGGUGGUGGUGGGGGGCGGUGGAGGCGGUGGAGGUGGCAGUGGUGGCAGUGGGAGUGGUGGUGGGAAUGGAGGCGUUGGUGGCGGCGGUGGUGGCAGCAGUGGGGGUGGUGGUGGUGGCAAUGGUGGCGGCAGUGGGAGUGGUAGCGGGAGCAGUGGUGGCGGUUGA